CGAGAGAGUCUGUGGUUUCCAUGGUGAUGGAGCUGAAAGUGCAGGAAAUUUAAAGGCUUGGACCCAGCGAGACAGACAAACCGGUGCCAACGUGCGCGGACGCCGCCGCCGCCGCCGCCGCUGGAGUCCGCCGGGCAGAGCCGGCCGCGGAGCCCGGAGCAGCCGGAGGGACGUGCCCCCAGGACCCGCUCGGCCAGCGGCGCCGCACCUAGCAGCAGCGGAGCGAGGGGCAGCGAGAGGAGGAGGAGGAGGAGGAGGAGGAGAAGGAGGAGGAGGAGGGGAGAGCGGCUCGUCCACGCGCCCAGCGCCGCCGCCGCCGCCGCCGGCUCGGGGAAGCAGCAGCGAGGAGCCGGCGCCCCUGCGCCCGCGGUCGCCCUGGAGGGAUUUCGGAUGCCCCGCCGCGGCCGCCGGCCCGAAUAGACCCGCCGGGAGAGGAGUUGCUGCGGCGGCCAACUUGUGUGCCUUCUUCCCGCCCGGGCGGGAGCUGCCGGCGCCGCGCGAAGGGCUCUCCCGGCGCCUCAUGCUGCCGGCCCUGCGCCUGCCCAGCCUCGGGUGAGCGGCGGCCGGAGGGCCGGGGAGCGCGGCGCCGCCUCCGCCGCGGGCUCGGCGUGCUCUCCCCCGGGGACGCGGAACGCAGCGGCGGCCGCCCCGGCGGCAUGGAGCGCUGCCCCAGCCUGGGGGUCACCCUCUACGCCCUGGUGGUGGUCCUGGGGCUGCGGGCGGCCCCGGCCGGCGGCCAGCACUAUCUGCACAUCCGCCCAGCGCCCAGCGACAACCUGCCCCUGGUGGACCUCAUCGAGCACCCGGACCCUAUCUUUGACCCCAAGGAGAAGGAUCUGAACGAGACGCUGCUGCGCUCGCUGCUCGGGGGCCACUACGACCCGGGCUUCAUGGCCACCUCGCCCCCCGAGGACCGGCCCGGCGGCGGGGGCGGGGGCGGCGGGGGGUCGUCGGCCGGGAGCGCCGAGGACCUGGCCGAGCUGGACCAGCUGCUGAGGCAGCGGCCGUCGGGGGCCAUGCCGAGCGAGAUCAAAGGGCUGGAGUUCUCCGAGGGCUUGGCCCCGGGCAAGAAGCAGCGCCUGAGCAAGAAGCUGCGGAGGAAGCUGCAGAUGUGGCUGUGGUCGCAGACCUUCUGCCCGGUGCUGUACGCCUGGAACGACCUGGGCAGCCGCUUCUGGCCGCGCUACGUGAAGGUGGGCAGCUGCUUCAGCAAGCGCUCGUGCUCCGUGCCCGAGGGCAUGGUGUGCAAGCCGGCCAAGUCCGUGCACCUCACGGUGCUGCGGUGGCGCUGUCAGCGGCGCGGGGGCCAGCGCUGCGGCUGGAUCCCCAUCCAGUACCCCAUCAUCUCCGAAUGCAAGUGCUCGUGCUAGAACUCGGGGGGGGGGGGGGCCCAGCCCGCACCCAGACACUUGAUCGAUCCCCACCGACGCCCCCUUUCUCCCCCCCCUCUCCCUUCCGCACCGUUACAACCAGUUCCACCACCACCACCCUCUCCGGAGGGAGAUUCAAUGAACUUUUUUUUUUUUUUUUUUUUUUUUUUGGCUACAGAGACCUAGCUUUCUGGUUCAUGUAAUGCACUGUUUAACUGUGUAGGAAUGUAUAUCUGUGUGUAUAUAUACGGUCCCAGUUUUAAUUUACUUAUUAAAAGGUCAGUAUUAUACGUUCAAAAGUUACCGGCUUCUACUGUAUUUUUAAAAAAAAUAAUUAAGCAAAAGGAGAAAAAAAAAGAACAGAGAGAAAAGAGAGACUUAUUCUGGUUGUUGCUAAUAAUGUUAACCUGCUAUUUAUAUUCCAGGGCCCUUCGCAUGGCGAAGCAGGGAGGGGGGGGAAAGUUAUUUUUUUUUUUCCUUAAAGUACAAAGAGAGGGGAGAACUUUUGUAGAAGGACUUUGAAAAAAAAGCUAUUUUCCAUUCUUCGGAAAGUGUUUUUGGUUUUCCUUGGACCUCGGAGAAGCUAUAGAGUUCAAUGUUAUUUUACAGUUAUUGUAAAUAUAGAGAACAAAUGGAAUGACUAAUCAUUGUAAAUUAAGAGUAUCUGCUAUUUAUUCUUUAUAAUAUCCCGUGUAGUAAAAUGAGAAAGAAGUGCAGAGCAGGAUUAAAGAAAACCACUAAAAUCGA